AUGUUUCGAAUGCAAAAAGGAAAACGGAAGAAAAAUGUAGCUGUGCCUCCCAUUCCAGGAUCUUUUAACUCAAUCUUCUCCUAUCUGACAGUUUUACGUUCGUUAAAAGAUCCAGAACCACUGCAUUCUGGAAUGAAGUUACUCACACAGGCAUUGAAAGGACUGAGUUCGGUAGCCAAUUUCGGCGAGAAUGUACCUUACAUUGAAGGAAAGAGGGAUUAUUUGAAAGUUGAUGACGUGGCGGCAAAUUUAGAUAAGUGCAAGGAGUUUGAACUAUUCCAUGAGGACAAAUACCAAUAUCUCAAAAAGGGACCGAGCACACCAUAUCCAGCCCCGAAAUCAGAUGACUCCCCAAAGCUUAUUGAAGAUAACGAAAAUUUAUUCUUUGCAAGAAGUUAUCUUGUGGACGUUGAAGCCAUCAAAACAGCAGAUCCUCUUAGCAUAGUCCACCAAUCUGCAAUUGUAACCAGGAAACAAUCAUCACCAAAACCAUCGACACUCCCAGAUCCAGGCAGUGAAUCCACAAUAGAUCUCGUCUCACCUGUUCCUAAGGUAUUGUUUUCACCAUUAGAUAACGAUUUCACUGCCAAAACUCGACAAAUUCUUCGAAUAUUACAAGAAUUGAAGGAAUCAGAGCAGGAAUUCAUUUCCGCAUUGAAGCUUGUCAGAAGAUAUUUUGUAGAGCCAAGUUUGGUACGAUGCUACAACCUUUCAACCACUUGCACGCCUCUAGUCUCAUUGGACACGCUUCUAGCAGAAUUAAUUCGGAAUCAUGAGAUGUUUCUCUCCACUAUGGCACAAAGGAGCAUUGAAUCCACCUUCUCAGCCUUGGAGGAAGUCUUGACAAAUUCGUGUUAUAUUGAAUAUACGGGAACCGUCACUUUGGUGGUGCAUCUCAUGAAUAUCAGGGUAAUUCCCUUCGAGCUGGGAAUUCUUUCCGAAGUUGCUAAGUUUCUCGAAAGGUUCCAGCCCAAGCAGCGAAGACAAGAUUUGUCCGUGCUUCUGCUUCUCCAAAAACCCAUUGCACGAAUUGCAAAGUAUCCGCUAUUUCUUUCGUCCAUUCUUCGUCAUCAUCCGUCCACUUCAUUCUUGGCCAACAACCUCGAGGCAAUUUGUAAUAAACUUACUGAAAUAGACAUGCAGAUUGAGACAGAGAACAUCCGGUUUGACACUCUCAAGAAAAUUGGCCAGACGAUGGAUUACGUGGGACGAGUGGACAAAGUUCCACAAAGCUUUGGUCCGUUAGUGUUUAUCGGAGAUUUUUUGGUAGUCACUGUCAAGAAUGUGGCAUGGAAGCAGUUCAAGACAGCUCUGGUUUUGGCGAGUAUCUUGUGCCAUGAGUACCAUUUAGUCGUUUCAGAGAAGACAAAAACCAGUCAAAUAUCGUAUAUUAUACCGUUUUCACACUGUCAGCUCAUUGAAAACGUCCAAGGAUGCCUUGAUGGAUUAAUGUGUUCUGGUAAUUAUUCAAUCAAGGUGAAGUUCCGGAAGGGCCGAUUGUGGUACGAGAUUCUAUUAGUGAGUCUUCAAGAGGAAGAACAUCAGAAGUUUAUACAAACAGCUCGAGUGAUAACCAAAGUCCCCCAAAAGUACAAGUACCGGAGCCUGAAAGACCUAUAUGUUGAUCCAAAGACGGCGAUAUUCAGAAUAGAUGGGGAAAGUAAUUCUGACAACUCGGACCAAUCGUACGAGGGUCAGGUGUUCAACGUGGAUUUAGGAGAGGAGCUUCAACGACUUCAAAGUAGACCAGCAACUAAAUAA